AUGACUACUUCGGAAGUGGAGAGCCGAAACAUCGCUAUUUCCAUGAGAAAAUCCGUGGAAAAUCUAGUGAUAUCAUCUCAAGAUGCCAUAGGGCAAAGUAUCAGCCAGGCUCUUACAUUCUCCGGAGUCAUUACACAGUCCAACCAAGUGCUACAAGAGACCAAAAACCUGUCGCGAUCCCCAUCACCAUCGCUGCGGCACACGGACAGUGCAUUGGAUAUCAUAGAUGACAAAAGAAGUGAGAAAAGCGAUUCGUCGUUACACGUCCCGUCGCUUGGAAAUGACAUACCAAUAGGAAUAGAUGUCGCCAAUUUAGUUAGAGAUAAGCGUAUAGACGGCGCGGGCACAGUGCGUGCGAAGAAGAAGAGUUGGUACAACUCUCUGUAUCCAACCUACAAGAGCAAAUGUGAGGAUUUCAAACGGCUGUUCAAAGACCUGCCAGAUGAAGAACGCCUCAUAGUCGACUACUCAUGUGCCCUGCAACGCGACAUCCUGGCGCACGGGCGCCUGUACGCGUCGCAGAGCUACCUGUGCUUCUACGCGAGCAUAUUCGGCUGGGAGACCUGCCUCACGCUGCGGUGGAAGGAUGUCACUGCUAUCACAAAGGAGAAGACCGCUUUGGUCAUCCCAAACGCCAUCCUCGUAUGCACGGAUACGGAUAAGAACUUCUUUACAUCAUUCUCCGGAAGGGACAAAUCUUACCUGAUGCUGUUCAGGAUAUGGCAGAAUGCGCUCAUGGACCAGCCCAUGUCCAGCCAGGAGAUAUGGCAGUGGGUGCACUCGUGCUACGGCGAGGAGCUGGGCUUCGACUCGGACGAGGGCGGCGCCGCGCCCGACGCCGCCGACGCCGGCGACGCGCCCGACGCAGAGGAAGCGGUCGAUUCAUCCUCAAUGGAGGCGAGUGGAGGGGGUGGCGGGGGUUCCGGUGCGGGGGGAGGGGAGACCAGAUCUGUCUCAAGAAAUAACUCUACACCACCUUUACUAACUAACGGCGAUUCAGAGUUUCGUGGGCGGGAGGAGGAAGCGGGGGAUACGCUGCCCACGGACAUGUCCGACACCAGCGAGAGUGAACCUGAAAAACCUCCAAACAAUGGCGAAGAAGAUAAGUGCACAGCGCCCCAUGAAGGCAAGGUGUUCCUGCAGCAAGAGUUCCCCAUCAACAUCGACCAACUCUUCACCAUGAUGUUUACUAACUCCAAGUUCAACCUCGAGCUGCUUGCCGCGAGAGGUACCACAGACUAUGUACAGGCGCCAUGGCAACCACAGAACGGCCUGAAGUGCCGGCAGGUGAGCUACACGCUGAGCCUCACGUCGGGGCCCAUGGGGCCCAAGGAGGUGCACGUCACUGAGACACAGGUGAUGAACAAGUGCAGCCGGCCCGGCGCGCUGUACUCGAUCGAGUGCACGAGCGAGAACGCGGGCAUCCCGUACGCGGACUACUUCAGCGUGCAGGCGCACUACUGCCUGCGCCGCGCCGCGCCCGACGCCACCGCGCUCGUGCUCUGCGGGCACGUGCGCUACAAGAAGACCAUGUGGCCGCUCGUCAAGGCGUUCCUGGAGAAGAACGCGAUGGGCGGCAUGGAGGAGUUCGCGCGGCUGCUGGCGGCGCGCCUGGCCGCCGCCGCGCGCCCGCCGCGCGCCGCGCCCGCGCCCGCGCGCCGCGCGCGCCGCCGCCGCCGCGACGUGUCCCCGCUGUCGCCGGCGCUGGGCGCGGCGCUGGGCCCGCCGGCGCGCGCGCCCCCCGCGGCGCCCGCGCGCGCCGGCGCCUGGCUGGCGCUGGCGCUGCUGCUGCUGCUGGCCGUCAACGCGCUGCUGUACUGGCGCCUGGCGCACGCCGACCGCCGCGUGCUCGACGUGGACCACCUCGCUGCUAGGGGCGGCACGGUGAGCGCGGCGCAGGCGCAGCAGUGGGCGCGCGCGCUGGAGCGGCACGCGCGGCGCCAGCGCGGCGAGCUGCUGGCCUGGCGCGCCGCGCUCGACCGCGCCGUCGCGCUGCUCGCGCAGACGGAGCAGGCGUUGGCGAAACUAUUAGAGACAAUAAGGCCUGCGUUAGAGAAACCGGACGAUAGUGGGCACGAAGAGCUG